AUGAGGCUCUGUGACCUUGACAUGUUCUGGUUUGCCAGCAUCUCCUUGCUGGCCGCUCUGUGUCCUGCUGUGCAAAAAUCAGCCCAAACCGCCAAGAGCCUGGUGACCAGUUGGCGGUACUCUCCUCUGGACGGCACGCCCCUCUCCUGCAAGAACGUGGCCCUCCUGCUGCUUCUCUUCCUGCCUCUAGAGCAGACUUCCGCAUCACCACCUAGGAGAAUGACAAGUAAGCCAGGAUUAUGCCCCAAGGACAGACUCACUUGUAAAACUAAAGUUCUGGGCUCAUGCAAAACGGAUUUCCACUGCAAGGAAUACCUGAAGUGCUGCUACUUCGCCUGUAAGAAGAAGUGUCUGGAUCCAUUCCAAGAACCCUGCACACUGGCCCCUGAGCCAGGACCCUGUCACAACAAGAGGUGGCACUGGUAUUUUGACUAUGAACAUCAAGAGUGCAAACUCUUUUUAUACGGAGGCUGCCUUGGGAACGCCAACAACUUCCCCACCAAUGCCGACUGCCAGAAAGCCUGCAAGAAUACUGUCAAGAUUGGACAGUGCCCUUUCUUCCCUUCUGGUUCCCGCAUGGAGUGUCCACCAUUGUGUAUGAAUGACGUUGAUUGCUCCGACAGAGAAAAAUGCUGUGAAACCACUUGUGGUCCUAUUUGUGCCAAGGCAUGGUCAGGUAAACUGGGUUUCUGCCCUCAGAGGCCCAAAGAAUGUGGCCAGAUCAGUGAGCCCAUGUGCCUGCAAGACGACGACUGCCCGCUGCAUCAGAAGUGCUGCUUGUACUGCGGGCUGCGGUGUCUGGAACCCAAAAUCCAAGCGCUGGUUAUGCAGUGA